CACCACGGCAUAUCACACAGAGCAGGGGUAAAAAAAAACAGAUGGGGACUUUCACUGUGAGGAGCAUAAACCGGAUUAUGCACGCGGUUAAUCCGGUGGUUAUUUAUUCCCCCACUUUCCUAUUUUACCAUCUUUCCUGCUUUUCCGUAGAAAACAUCGAGCGGCUGCAGCCCUCAUCGCUCCGCCCUCUAUUACUGCAGUUCGUCUGAAGCGUCACGGAGUAGCCUGCACCUCUGCAUGGGACAAAUUAAAGUAACUGGGAACCCUUUCUCAACAUCCAAACCGAGCUCACAUCUGGAUUUUUGCAGGGUUUGUGGGUGAUUUUCAAGAUGGAUUAAUAACCAGAUCCUGACUGCAGGGCGACUCGUCUGGACUGCCGCUUCCACAUUAGCCUUACAAUGUAUCAGACGCUACGGACGCUUUUACUAUCAAAUGCGCGGUGCUGGGAUGCGGACAGCCGAAAGUCCUACCAGGACCUGUUUGAGAGGCUUGAUACCAACAAAGAUGGGAAGGUGGACGUCGCUGAGUUGCGGGCGGGCCUCAAGGCGAUGGGGAUAUUCCGCCACGGUGCUGCACAGAAAAUAGUGUCGUCUGGUGACCAAAAUAAAGAUGGGAGUCUCGACUUCAACGAGUUCAGCAAAUAUCUGAAGGAGCACGAGAAGAAGCUGAAGCUGACAUUCAAGAGUCUGGACCGGAACAAUGAUGGGCGCAUUGAUGCCUCAGAGAUCCAGCAGUCCCUUGCAGAGCUGGGCUUGGAGAUCAGCAGAGAGAAUGCCCAGAAAAUAUUACAAAGCAUGGACAUCGAUGGGACCAUGAUGGUGGACUGGAACGAGUGGAGAGAACACUUCCUGUUAUGCCCAGCUCACAACCUGGAAGAGAUCAUCCGCUACUGGAAACACUCCUCGGUGCUGGACAUAGGUGACAGUCUCGCCAUCCCAGAUGAGUUCACAGAGGAGGAGAAGAGCUCAGGUGUCUGGUGGAAGCAGCUUGCAGCAGGCGCAGUGGCGGGAGCUGUCUCUCGCACUGGUACUGCCCCUCUGGACAGAAUGAAAGUCUUCAUGCAGGUUCAUUCCUCUAAGACCAACAAGAUAAGCCUGGUAGGGGGCUUCAAGCAGAUGCUCAUAGAGGGAGGGCUCACUUCACUGUGGAGGGGAAAUGGGAUCAAUGUUUUAAAGAUUGCACCUGAGACGGCAAUCAAAUUCAUGGCUUAUGAACAGUAUAAGAAGUUGUUAUCAUCAGAGGGCGGGAAGACUGCGACACACAAGAGGUUUUUAGCUGGCUCUCUGGCUGGGGCCACAGCACAGACAGCCAUCUACCCAAUGGAGGUAUUGAAAACUAGGCUGACCCUGAGGAAAACUGGCCAGUAUUCAGGAAUGUUUGAUUGUGCCAAAAAGAUCCUGAGGAAAGAGGGUGUCAAGGCUUUCUACAAGGGCUACGUGCCAAACUUAGUGGGCAUCAUUCCCUACGCUGGGAUAGACCUCGCUGUAUAUGAGACUCUGAAGAACACGUGGUUGUCGUACCACGCCAAUGACUCAGCUAACCCAGGAGUUCUGGUGUUGGUGGCCUGCGGGACCAUCUCCAGUACCUGCGGCCAGCUGGCCAGCUAUCCACUCGCACUUGUGCGCACACGGAUGCAGGCACAAGCGUCUCUGGAUGCAUCAGACCAGUCCUCCAUGAGCAGCCUCAUAAAGAAGAUUGUAGCCAAAGACGGCUUUUUCGGACUCUACCGGGGCAUCCUGCCGAACUUCAUGAAAGUUAUCCCCGCUGUCAGCAUCAGCUACGUGGUUUACGAGUACAUGAAGACUGGUUUAGGAAUUUCCAAAUGAUGCUGCAAGCAGAUAAAAAAAACAACUUUAUUUGUCAGACUUGAAAAUGCGUGAAAAUAACUCCAAGAAAACAGACAGACACCAAACAUACAGAGCAUGACUUCCGCCAGCUGGCCACAGGAGUUCAGUGGAUGGAAAGCUGUAUGUAUCCCACUAAGGGUCGUCUGUCAGUAGCUAAAGCAUUUAUCACUGUGCUGAGCAUGCUUUAAUUUUUAUCCUGCUGUUAUACAUAACACACACUCCCAAAACAUGUGCACGGUCCAAAGCAAUAUUUGACAUAAAGAUAGCACUGUUAGUAAAUACAUACGUAGAGUUCAGAAAACAUACAUGAUGAUUUUAUUCUUUUAAAACUGUGAUCAAACCAAAGUGGUAGCUCAACAAGACAGAAUAUUGUGCUUUUUGGGAACAAAAGAAACAUAUUCUGUGGUCUUUUUUUGAUGUCAAAUGACACUACGCCAGUCCACACCCUUCAGAGGUAAUUUAACACCUUUCUAAGUUGUAAACGCCUUCCCCUGGAGUGACAUCAGCUCCAGAAAGACACUGCUCCAGUCUGCAGCUGUCAACUAAAAAUAACUGGCUGUGAAAAAUCAAGAAGUUUUUAACACUGGAAUACUGUCUGAAAACAAAAAGCAUCUUGUGCAAUGUGAAAACCACUAAUUCUGUGUGUUAUUUGAUGAUCAUUUAAAUGUGCCUUACAGCCACUCAAUGUGAACUCUCUGAUAUCAACAGAUGUGUUUUAUACUUUAUAUAUAUACUGUAUUUAUGUACUGUAUAUAUAUAUAUCCGUUUUCAGUUCUGGUUAUUUAUGGGUGUUGUUGAUGCUACUAAUACUUUGAAACAGUAACAAUGCUCAUUGGACUGAAAUACUUGAAGGAGUAUGCUUUUUGUCUUGUGUCACUUCUCAUUUCAACUCAUGAAGACCCCCACCCUCAAACGCACACAUACACACCCACAACAGGAUACAGUUACCUUUAACACUGUGUGACUUGUUCUUCCACACAGCGCAGUGGUGGGACGUUUGUAUCCAACAUGUACAAUGACAAUCAGCCUGUUGUCUUUAAUAUAAAUUGAUUUAAUGUGGAUUUUAAGAAACUAAAACAGGUCUCAGACUCGAUAGUUGUGAACUUGAACAUGUGUAAACUUCACUUAGAAGUUUAACGUUGUCUGUUGAUGGGAGGCUUACUUGAGAACAGUGGUUGGGUGGUGUAAAGGUCAGGAUGGGGGACUGCAUUAAAAAAAACAAUCGAGGUUUGUUAACAGCUCUGCCUGCUGGUCAAUAAAGACAAAACACAUGGACACAUUUUUAUGCUAAGUAUACCACAUCAUUAUAAUUUAUAGCAUUUUAAAUUAAAGUUGUGGGUUUUUUUUUUCACUUAAUCAUCUCAGUCCAGGGGUGUUAAAUGUGUUUUUAUAAUGAAUACAGCUUGUCCAAUAAAGAAGGAGCCAGAUGGAGUCAAAAUGGGCAGCAAGAGACUCCUCAGUGACAAAGCAGGUAAAAUACAGACUCAGUAAAAGACUUAGAAAAUGAUUUCAUCAGCUUUAUAUUUGUGAUUUGGUUCUCUGGCUUUGCUACAGAGUAUUUUUGUCAUCAUGCUUAUUCCAAGUUCUCACAAUUUUUUGAAUUGGCUUUCAUUCAUUAUACAAAAGGAUUUGUGCGAGUGCGUGGUAUCAUAUUACUAAUUAUGUCAAGAAAGAAUUUGAUUUGAUUAUGGACACCAAAAUGAUUGAUUAUGCACAACAGUACUAACAUUUAUAUUAGAUAAGUUGAGACAGACCAAGAGACCAUAAAGAAACCACAUGACAGGGCACCAUAUGACCCCCCAAAGUCUACAACACUAAGUGUUUUGCUGCUUAAAUGUAAUGGAAAUAAUACCUAUCUAGUUUAUAAUUCCACAAAGUAAAGUACAUUCUAUAAUGUCACUGUAUGUGUAUUACAUCUGUAAACAAUCUUCUAGUAUUAUUGAAGCAAAUAAGACACAUAAGUACUUCAAUUUUAACAGCCAAGGGAUACUUAAUAUUAAAAUAAAACACCUGUAAAUUCAUGGCAUUGA